CACUUAUGAUUAAAUUGUGAAUCGCGGCGGUCGAAAUCUUGCUAUCGUCUUUGGGAGUUCGAUAUAACCAUUAUAACCUCAAUCAUUGAAAAUGCCAUUUUUUAGAAACACUGAAAUACUGAAUCCCGUAUCUAAUAUCCGUUUGUAAAUUGGUUGCAUACAUGCACUUGGACUGCACAUGUAGUUGUACAUAGGUAUACGUCCAGAUAACUUUCCCGACACUCAGCAGAGUCGACAGUUCUGAUAAAUUUAUUGCCACCGUUGGUCGGCAAUUCGGGUGUGUGCGAUUCGUUAAUUUUUUUUUGUGAACAAUUGAUUUGAAUUUAAUCUAAAUGUAACGCAAAAUAUUCUGCGAUGGUGGUGGCCGUUGGAGUUGGGCCUGUUUCCAAGUGAUGUCAAAGACAAACAACAAAUAGAAAAAUAGUUUUAUGAAAAUACAUUAAUAGAUCAACAUGGACCAGUACGGUGCUAAGGCACUAAUUAUUGCUUUGUCGAUAAUUUCGAGAUUAUUUUUUGGUUUCUCCCCAUUACUUGUAUCUAGAAAACUAUUAACAAACAAAUCUACAGAUUCAUUGACAUCAAAAACACUGGAGUAUUUAGUUUCAUUAUGUUUAAGUUUGGGUGGAGGUGUGUUACUAGCUACCUGUUUUACUCAUUUGAUACCAGAAGUAAGGGAGAGCCUCAUUGGGCAUUUGCCGGAACACUAUCAACAUUAUCCACUAACUGAACUGGUUGUUUGUAUGGGUUUUUUUCUUGUUUAUUUUAUUGAAGAAUCUGUUAAGCAUUUUAUUAAAAAACAUAAAAAACGUAGUAAAGCGAAAACUACACGACAUUGUGAUAGACUAUUACAAUGGACCAACAGUCAGUUAACAGCAGUCAAGUCUGCUGAUGAUGUUAAUUCUGUUAGUGUAGAUCAAGGAACAGGAACUCCAGAUUGCCAAAUUGAACAAAAUAAUAAUGAAAUGUCACAUGUACAUAAUUUAAGAAGUCUAUUAGUUGUACUUGCAUUAUCAUUUCAUUCAGUUAUGGAAGGACUAGCUAUUGGCUUAGAAGAAAAUAUGGAAAAUAUGGGUUUCCUGUUUUUAGCAGUAUCUAUUCAUGAAUGUACUAUAUUAUUUUGUAUUGGCAUAAAAUUAGUGACUUCGUGUUCAUCUUUGACAAAUAUCAUAUUAAAUAUUGUUGUUCUUACCCUGGUAUCGCCUUUCGGUAUAUUAUUGGGAUUGUUAUUAACACUGAAAACAUUUGAUAUGGAUCAGAAUUAUCAUAUAAUUGGAAAUGCAACUUUACAAGGCUUAGCUGCUGGUACAAUUCUAUAUGUUACAUUUUUUGAAGUGCUAGAUAGAGAAAGAAAAAAGGACACAGCGCCUGGUUUGCUCAAGUUACUGUUAACCAUGAUUGGGUUUUUCUUUAUGGUUAUAUUAGAACUUUUUGGUGGACAUACCCAUAAAGAAUUUGAUCAUUUGAGCCAUGAACAUAACAACUGCUCUACAAUGGCACCUUAUAUUCAUAGACCUUAACAUGUAUUUUUAUUGAUCAUUUCAGAUGUAUUUGUUACCAGAUGUCCAGAUAUUAAAAUAAUAAUAAUCUUGUACUUCUUAAACAUAUGCAGUUUACUUGUAUAAUUUUAUAAAAGCCCAAAAAUACUUCUGAAAUGAAUUUUACUCAAUUACUCGCCUGGCAUUAAGAUUAAAUUAAGUUGUAACAAGAAUCAUUUUUAACGAUC